CCUCCCUCCCCCUCUCCCUCUCCCUCUCCCCUCCUCCCUCCCCCUCCCCCUCCCCCUCUCCCUCUCCCUCUCCCUCUCCCCUCCUCCCUCCCCCUCCUCCUCUCCCUCUCCCUCUCCCUCUCCCUCUCCCCUCCUCCCUCCCCCUCUCCCUCUCCCUCUCCCCUCCUCCCUCCCCCUCCCCCUCCCCCUCCCCCGCCUCCUCCUCCUCCUUCUCCUCCUUCUCCUCCUCCUUCUCCUCCUCCUCCUCCUCUUUCUCCUUCUCCUCCUUCUCCUCCUCCUUCUCCUCCUCCUUCUCCUCCUCCUCCUCUUUCUCCUUCUCCUCCUUCUCCUCCUUCUCCUCCUCCUCCUCCUCUUUCUCCUUCUCCUCCUUCUCCUCCUCCUUCUCCUCCUCCUUCUCCUCCUCCUCCUCUUUCUCCUUCUCCUCCUUCUCCUCCUUCUCCUCCUCCUUCUCCUCCUCCUUCUCCUUCUCCUCCUCCUCCUCCUCCUCCUUCUCCUUCUCCUCCUUCUCCUCCUUCUCCUCCUCCUCCUUCUCCUUCUCCUCCUCCUUCUCCUCCUCCUCCUUCUCCUUCUCCUCCUUCUCCUUCUCCUCCUUCUCCUCCUCCUCCUUCUCCUUCUCCUCCUCCUUCUCCUCCUCCUCCUUCUCCCUCUCCUUCUCCUCCUCCUCCUCCUCCUUCUCCUUCUCCUCCUUCUCCUUCUCCUUCUCCUCCUCCUUCUCCUCCUCCUCCUUCUCCCUCUCCUUCUCCUCCUCCUCCUCCUUCUCCUUCUCCUCCUCCUCCUCCUUCUCCUCCUCCUCCUUCUCCUUCUCCUCCUCCUUCUCCUCCUUCUCCUCCUCCUCUUUCUCCUUCUUCUCCUUCUCCUCCUCCUUCCCCUUCUUCUCCUCCUCUUUCUCCUCCUCCUCCUUCUUCUCCUCCUCCUUCUCCUCCUUCUCCUCCUCCUCCUCCUUCUACUCCUCCUCUUUCUCCUUCUCCUUCUCCUCCUCCUUCUUCUCCUUCUUCUCCUCCUUCUCUUUCUCCUCCUCCUCCUCCUUCUCCUCCUCCUCUUUCUCCUUUGCCUCCUCCUCCUUCUCCUCCUCCUCCUCUUUCCCCUUCUCCUCCUUCUUCUCCUCCCCCUUCUCCUCCUCCUCCUCCUCCUUCUCCUCCUCCUCCUUCUCCUUCUCCUCCUUCUCCUCCUCCUCCUUCUCCUUCUCCUCCUCCUUCUCCUCCUCCUCCUUCUCCCUCUCCUUCUCCUCCUCCUCCUUCUCCUUCUCCUCCUUCUCCUCCUUCUCCUCCUCCUUCUCCUCCAUCUCCUCCUCCUCCUUCUACUCCUCCUCUUUCUCCUUCUCCUUCUCCUCCUCCUUCUUCUCCUUCUUCUCCUCCUUCUCUUUCUCCUCCUCCUCCUCCUUCUCCUCCUCCUCUUUCUCCUUUGCCUCCUCCUCCUUCUCCUCCUCCUCCUCUUUCCCCUUCUCCUCCUUCUCCUCCUCCUCCUUCUCCUCCUCCUCCUCUUUCCCCUUCUCCUCCUUCCCCUUCUCCUCCUCCUCUUUCUCCUUUGCCUCCUCCUCCUUCUCCUCCUCCUUCUCCUUCUCCUUCUCCUCCUCCUCCUUCCAUUUCUUCUUUUCCCUUUCUUUUUUUCUCUCUUCCUUUCUUUCUUUCCUUCCUUUCUUUUUUUUGUUUUCUUUUCUUUCUUUCUCCCUCUCUCUCCCUUCUGAUUUCCAUAUUCCCCAAUAAUUAGUAAGCACUCUUAUCUCCCAGGCAGGCAUCUCUGAUUGCAGACAAGGCACUGGGGGAGCAGUGCCGGCAAGGCUCACAGUCCCCGCUUUUUUGAGAACUCGUGUGCUUGUGAGCUAAAACGCCGGCCCCUGCUCCCCCACGUCAGCAGAUGGCCCCAAGAAAGACGAGUUUUAAUUUUUCAGUGCCAUCAAUAUAAUAAUCCUCACUAACGUAUGCAUAUGACAACUAAGUGUGCUCCUUGAGUGAUGGCCUGCACCGUU